AUGAAACUACAAAACUUAAAUAGUAAACUCAAAUCAUUAUAUCAUAUAUCAAUAAUUGAAACUUUAUUUAUUGGAUCAUUUUUAUUGAAUUUUUUCCUAAGUAGAUUAAUUCAUUUUGGUUCACCAAUUGAAGAAGUAUACAAUUAUUACAAUCAAAAGGGAAAUUUUUUUAAUCAAUUUUUUGUUAAAAGAGGUUGGGGAUGGACUACUUUACUUAUAGUUUUAUUCUAUGCAUUUAUAAUAAUACCGAAAUCAAUAAAUAAACAAAAAGUUAUCUUAAAUGGAGUCAUUAGAUAUUUUAUAUUAACAAUAUGGUGGAUUUUAUUUACUCAAUGGUGUUUUGGAUUACCAAUAAUGGAUAAAGUAUUUGUAUUUACCGGUGGAGUAUGUCAAUUAGAAACACCAACUGCUGCUGCUUCAAUACAUCAAACAUUUAUGCAAGAUUUAGAAACAUUGAUUUGGAAAAGUUCAUCAAUUUCAUCAUAUCAUUGUAGAAAAAUUAAAGGUAAAUGGAGUGGAGGCCAUGAUCCAUCUGGUCAUGUCUUUUUAUUGGUUCAAGCAUCAAUAUAUUUAUUUUUUGAAAUUGAAAAUUAUAUUAAUUGGGUACAGUUAAUAAAUGAUAUAAAAUUAAUUAAAAAAAAGAAAAUUGAACCAUUAACAUUAGUUCAAACAAUAGUUGAAAUUGCAACAAUCUCAUUAAUUGGACUUUGGUGGUUUAUGUUAUUAAUGACAAAUGUAUAUUUCCAUUCAAUAUUAGAAAAAUUAGUUGGUCUAGGGUUCGGUUAUUUCGGUGUUACAUUAGUAUAUAUAGUAUCAAAAUGGUUUAAUUUAAGUAUAUAA